AGAGGCGAGACGAGCUCGCGGGCCCAAAACCCUAACCCGCGGACUCCUUGGCGGCGGCGGCGAUGGCGGGAGGCGGCGGAGAAGGCGUUUCGCCGUCGGCGGCGCUCAAGGACCAGGGGAACGAGCAGUUCAAGUCGGGGAACUACCUCAAGGCCGCCGCGCUCUACACGCAGGCCAUCAAGCUCGACCCCGACAACGCCACCCUCUACAGCGAGCGCCUGCAAUACUGCAGCGGAAACAUCCGAUCAUGUAACUGCAGGACCGAAUGAGCCAGUUUCUGGGAUGGACUUUUGUCGUUCCUAUACAGAUAAGUUCCAUUCGUCGCACACGAUUGAUAAGUAGCUGGCUCGAGAAGCAUUACUUUUGGGUGUAGAUACAAUUAGCAUUCCCUAACAGGAAAGGAAAAAAAUGCUUCAUGUUUCCAAAUGAAUUUGUCCUUUCUUUUCAUAUGCUGGCAUAUAUCUGUGCACCCAUAAUAAAUUAAAGAUGUGAUAAAAACUGCCGACUCUUCCCUUGUUUAUGAUAUUUUAAAUGUAACGCCAACUGAGCAGAAAACUUCUGAAUAAGCAUCGAAAGAGUCCUUCCUUUGUAUGUCCAGUUCAUUUAUGGUAUGGGUCUGUGCACAUAACUCUCUUGUUACUCUAAACCGAAAACCUGUUACAGCAUCCAUUUUUUGAAAUGGAGAUGUAUAUGAGUUAAGGAAUCCAUAUACAGGGCUAGGAAAUUUAGACAGACUCGCUUUCUUGUAACUGACUAUGCCAGCAACAACUUUUGUGGAAAUUAUUUAUGCCAUACUUCUUUUGUCGUGCUGUACUAGCUCUUCAAGAGUUCUAAUUUAUGUUUUUCAUUUUAAUUCCUUUCAGCAACCGAGCUGCAGCCUUUCUGCAGCUGGUUAAGCUUAGUAAAGCACUUGCUGAUGCUGAGACAACAGUCAAGCUGAAGCCAGAGUGGGAGAAGGGUCAUUUCAGGAAAGGUUGUGUCUUGGAGGCCAUGGAGCGCUAUGAAGAGGCAAUAUAUGCUUUUCAGACAGCUUUGCAGCACAAUCCACAAAAUACAGAAGUCUCGAGAAAAAUCAAGAGGCUUUCUCAGUUACCAAGGGAAAAGAAGCGUGCCCUUGAUGCUGAGAGCAUGCGUUCCAAUGUUGACAUUGGGAAGAACUUAGAUUCUCUGAAAACAGAGUUGGCUGCAAAGUAUGGAGAUGCAGAAACAGGGCAGAGUAUCUUUUCGUUUGUUGUUAAUGUGAUAGAAUUAGCAAUAAAGGAUUGGCAUGACACUGGAAAAGUUGAUCCAAGGGUCAAUUUUCUUCUCGAUGAGCAGAAGACUAACACUAAAAAAUAUCUCCCAGUGGUUAACAUUGACAAGGCCUUUGAGUCACCCCAAACUCACGGUGAAUGCUUCACAUUUUUGCGGCAAUAUGCGGAGGAUUCUUUUGCGAAGGCUGCUUGUAUGGUGGCAGCUAAGAGCAUCAUCUCCUACCCACAGGUCUGGAAAGGGCAAGGAUCCAGAAAAUGGAAGCUUGAACAGAGUGAUGGGUUCUUUGUACAAUUUGAAUCACCAGCUCUAAGGAAGAUAUGGUUUGUGCCCAGCGCAAAAGAAAAGGGUCAAACAUUGUGCAGGAGCCCUGAGACCUUGGACAUCGGCAUCCAUGAGGUCCUCCCCCGGAUAUUCAAGGAAGCAGCAGCGGCUUGAUCGCGAGGCAAAUGAACAAUGCUGAACGCUUGAUCGGCACCCGGCCCGGUUUUCGGCUGAAAUACUGGGGUGUUUGGCGAGAAGCGGGUGCCAAGCUCUGUAGCCAGUGGAAUCGAUCUACCUAACCUAAGAGGGUUUUCUGUACGCCGAGGGACUUGGAAAUUUUGCUGCAGUCUGUGGUUCUCGCUGUGUUGUAUUUCAAGUGUGUGCAAAAUGCCUGCGGCUGUGCAAUUUCAUAAUUUGUUAUAAAUUUUCCAUUCAUUGAGUGGGGCCAUUUUAUA